AUGGGAACAGCUCGGCUUUUCACAGCCGCCCCCCCUGGCAGGGGGAUAGCUCUUGUCCCAACGACAGAGCCAGGGCAGAAGAGAGGGCGCAGCCUGAGCGUCCCUUCGGUGAUUCAGUUCAUUGUCCAGGUAUCCGCGCUAUUGCUAGGCUGCGGUUAUCAUCUCGCCCGCUCGCCAGCUCGCCCGCGCUCUCUGAGGACCCGCGCGGAGUCGAGGGUUCUCACGCCUGUUCCUCGGAUUCCCCAAGCUCCGCCCCCAAGGCAGCCUGGCCAGGGGCAGAAGCAAAGCCACAACCCGGUUCCCGAGCGCAGUCGCUGGGGAGAGAAGCAGAGCACGCCCCCGCCACAGGAUCGAGAGAAAGCUGGAGGGGCUUCUUUUCCACGGAGAAACUUUGUUAGCGAAAAACACGACGUGGGGGAUGCCUACUCGGACGGCCGAAUGUCGCCAAACUCUUGGGCACCGGGGUCCUGCCUAGCCAGCAGUUCCAGCUGUGAGAGAGACACAUGCACCUGCAUGUUCAUUGCAACACUAUUUAUUCACAAUACAAGAGCUCAGCCAAUGAGAGACUACCACAACUCAGCCAAUGAAAAGCCAGUAUACUUCGAACUCUCAAUUCCUCCACUGGACUCUCUGCUUAUUAGCACUCCCAACAUCCUCUUCUCUGCUAUAAAAGAGUUCUCUUCAGCUUGUGGUAAAGCGACUUGCCUGAGGCAUGCCACCAUUUUCCAGACCCCAAGUUAG